CCCCACGCAAAAACAAAAAAGAAGAAAAACCUACCCGAACCCUAGCUUCGCCCCCUCUCUCUCUAUCUCUCUCAACAUGGAUUACGCAGCUUCCCUUACAGAAGCCCAACAACAGCUCCUUGCCCAAUACCAGCAACACCUACAGCAGCAGCAGCAGCAACAACAGCAACAACCACAACAACAGCAACAACAAGCCACCCAAGCCUACGAUCCGUCCCAGGUACAAGCGUACGACCCAACCAGCCAAGCGUAUUAUCCCUAUCCUCAACAAUACCAGAACUCCACUGCCCAUCACCAACACCAACAGCCCUACCCUUACUACCCCGAUUAUGGAAACUCUGCCGCAACCGCUGCGGCUGCCGCCUCCAAUGCCUACCAACAGACGGAUUCUAGCUCUCAGCCUCAAGAUCUCUCCGCAGCGGGAGCGCAGCAGUACUAUCCGCAGGACCAGCAGGGCUCGUACAGUGCCAGUUCGGGGCUCAAUCCCGCGGCAGCCGCGGCGGUGGCUGCGCUGUCUCAGCUGACGCAGUUUGCGGGAACUAUGGACGCUGCGGAGCGGGCGGUUGCGGAGCAGCAGUGGAACAACGGUGGGGCCGGGCAGGUGGCCCCGCAGCAGAAUCCCCCCCAGCAUGGAGGUGCUCCUGUUCAUCCUCCUGCGGGCCCGGGACCAUAUAGAGGUGGUGGUAGAAGGGGUGGUGGGCCAUUCAGGGGUGGCAAAGGUAAUUUUGGCCACCGUCACCCUAGACAUGAUGGUGGUGCACCCCCUUUUCGUGGGAGAGGUCGGGGUAGGGGUGGCGGGCGGCGAUUCCCCCAGUCCGCACAUGAAGUCCCACCACCAUAUCCAGGACAUGCACAAGAAGUCCUUUCACCAUAUCCAGAACAUGCACCAGUUUACGAACCAGCACCAGCGACAGUGCCAGUACCCACACCUGCACCAGCACAGGCACAGGCUCCACCACGCCGACCUCCUCCCACAGUCAUCUUUUGCGAGCUCUGUAGAGUUGACUGCAACAGCAUGGAAAUCUUCGAGAAACACAAAGUUGGAAAGCGACAUAAGAAGAACAUGCAGAAGCUUGAAGAAUUGGAGAAUCAGAAGAAACUUGCAAUUGAAGCUGAAUCUCAGCCAAAAACUGUAGUGCAGCCAGAGAAUAUCCAGCAGGUGGCUGAAGAAAACAAGGUCCCCGCCCCAGGAAAUGUGACUGUUGCAGAUACAGUGGAUGAAAAUAAAGCAGAAGGAGAGCAGCAAAUCCAGACAGCUGAACAAUCUGAGGCUCCCAAAGCAGAAUCGACUGAAGCAUCUGCAAAGAAGCGGAAGAGGGAUAAUUCUAAGAAGAAGACUCCUAUCAAGCGGAAGACGAAGUUUGUUCAGGAUGGGAGGCGUAUGAGGCCAGAAGUGGUCCGCCCAGAGGCUCCCAGGGAGCUUCCUGUACACUGUGCCUUGUGCAACGUUACAUGUGACACGAUGGCAGUGUUCCAGUGUCAUCUUGCCGGUAAGAAGCAUGCCUCUCGGAUCAAGCGGAGUCAAGUCCAACCUGUUGCUUAUGUGCCACCCACGGGCGUUGCCCUUUACAUUCCUCAUGGCUCGGCUCCUGUGCUGCGUGGCCCCCCUCCGGUGGCUUCAGAGCCUGCAGGGCAGCUAGCUGUUAUGACAACGACUGAAGGCCAUCAAGCUGCUACAGCAGAGUGUGGAGGACAAGAUGCAGUUAUGGUGGAGGCCGGGGGGCAAAAAAAUGCCGUUUCUGGAUCUGAAGCAAUCAAUCCAAAUGCCAGCUCAUCAGUACCAGCUGCAGAAUAUGGAGUUUCUUCCACUGAACAUUCUGUCCUGCCGGGCCUUGACAUUGAAUUGCGAGAGCCUGAUUUGAAAAGUGAGCAAGUGGACGGUCCCAGUAUGGAGCUGCAGUAGAACAGGUACGUGCUUUUCAUGAUCGACAGUUCAUAGCAACUUCUUUCCCCGAAAAUGAUUCCUAGUUUUGAGUUCCAAGGCAUGCAGGUACAUUUUGCCCCUCAAUUUGUUAGAACAUAGAUUCAAUACUAUGUUAAAAUUUCAGGAUGUAACCCCUUAUAUUCAUCCUUGUGUGAUGGAUGAGGGUGGGCCCUUUUUUUUUUUCCCUGGUUUGGAUUAUUUACUAACAAUGCAUGGGAUUAGUAAGUCUGUCUAAAUCUGCUUUUUAGUAGCAUGCCAUUUAGCUGC